AUAUCCAUAUUUCCAUAACUACUCCCCGUUCUUUAGUUAUCUUCAUCAACAGGUCUCCACUAUUGUUUGACUACCGCCCGCAGGCUUCUUAAGAAUUAGAGUAUGGCGGAGAUCAAAGGCUUGAAUGCGCACGAUCGUCCCCCGGAGCCAAUCCGGCGCCGCUACAAGGAGUAUCAGAGAUUGCAGGCGUCGGAAGUGGAUGCCCAGCAGGACAUCAUCAACUUGCAGAAGCUAGAUCCAGACGAUCUGCCAGAUGGAAUCUCUCUAGCAGGAUGGAAGUCCAGCAGGGAGCUACGGCGGGCAUUUGAUCACUUUAUCAAGCCUGGAGAAGAGCCUGCGCCCCCGCCACGAGGGCCUCUGAUCGAAGAUAUUCCUAUUCUGACGCUACGUUCUGUCUCUGGCCUCCGUCUGAUCCCGUCGCUGUUCCCGCCUACUGUACAGAAGGAAUUGCUCUCUCGUCUGCUGCAUCGGGAUCUGCGGAACCACGAGCACAAGACCAACGUGCAUCUACACUACCAUGUGUCCUACCCCGGGCAAACAGACUCUACUACUAACCCCGAGGAAGCGGAUGCCUCAUCGACAUCAUUCUUUGAGGAUGAUCCCAUGCGUAUGCUUCGCCCAAAGGACCCAGAAACGCACAAGCCCAUCACUAUCGAGAGUUUCCUGAACAAGAAGCUCCGUUGGAUGACACUGGGGGGCCAGUAUGACUGGACUGCCAAGGUGUACCCCUCAGAGCCCCCUCCCCGUUUCCCUGAUGAUAUCGCCCAACUGCUGCGUGCGGCAUUCCCCGAAACGGAGGCGCAAGCAGCUAUCGUAAAUAUUUACUCCGCCGGCGACACGCUGAGCGUGCAUCGAGAUGUCAGCGAACAGUGCGAUGUCGGCCUGAUCAGUAUCAGCAUUGGCUGCGACGGGCUAUUUCUGAUAAGUCACGAUUCCGGCCAAGGAUGCGAAGUCAUCAGGCUACGCUCCGGCGACGCCGUUUACAUGGAUGGGAAAUCGCGUUUUGCCUGGCAUGGCGUGCCCAAGGUUCUGCCUUCGACCUGCCCGAUGUGGCUCCAGGACUGGCCCGCCGAUCAGAACGCCGCAUCUCAGGACCCGCGAUAUCAAUACUGGAAGGGUUGGAUGUCGGGCAAGAGAGUCAAUCUGAAUGUCCGGCAGAUGAUACUACCGGAGGAUUCCUCCUCCGCCGCCAAGGAACAAUAAUGGAGGGGUAUGCCAAACGUAGCUGGCAGUGAAAGAAUCCAACUUGAUUACCUUAGCGGAUAGUGCGUCCGUCUGCGCCGAUAAGCACUGAAUCUCAACCAUCUCAGACCCAAAUUCCCCUAGGAUCGACAUACAGCGGUCGCGUAUCUCUAAACGAAGGCGAACAAUAGCACUUGUUGAUGCUAUCAGUGUUCUUAUCGCGGCGGCCGAUUAAGGUCCUCUCGUGGCCCCGCAGAUGCCAUGACUGUUUA